GCAGGUGGAAUGUAAUUAGGGUUCCGUUUUCAUGAUAUAGACACACCUCUCACAUCUGUUCUUCUUAUCCACCUUUGUCUAAACUCUCUCUCUCCUUUCUCGGGAUUUCGGCAGAGAUGAACGUAGAAAAGCUUAUGAAAAUGGCCGGUGCUGUCCGUACCGGUGGCAAGGGUAGUAUGAGAAGGAAGAAGAAGGCUGUUCAUAAGACUACUUCAACAGAUGACAAAAGGCUUCAGAGCACCUUGAAGAGAAUAGGGGUGAAUGCCAUUCCUGCCAUUGAAGAAGUGAAUAUAUUCAAGGAUGAUACAGUUAUCCAGUUCUUAAACCCCAAAGUUCAAGCUUCGAUUGCUGCCAACACUUGGGUCGUGAGUGGUUCUCCUCAAACAAAGAAUUUACAAGAUAUUCUUCCUGGAAUUUUAAACCAAUUGGGGCCUGAUAACCUAGACAAUUUGAGGAAAUUGGCAGAGCAGUUCAAGAAACAGGUACCUGGAGCAGGGGCAGUUAAAGACGAUGGUGAAGAUGAUGAUGAUGUUCCAGAACUUGUUGCUGGUCAGACGUUUGAAGCUGCUGCUGCUGAAGAAGUUCAUGCUUCUUAAGAGAGUUGAGUUAGAUACAAAUUCUAUUACGCAUUUUGAUUUUAUGUUAUCUAAUUUCAUGUUGUUGCGACCAAUACCAAAAUGUUAUUUUGUGAGAAAUUCUUCACGAGUUCAAUCUUCAUUUUAAAUAGUGGUGUGUUCAGUUCA